UUCAGUGUAAAGCGAGGCGGCAAUAACUGGUUUCAGCGGCCAAUGUCAAACCAGCAAUAACAGCCAUCUAAAUUAAGCCGAGCAUCAUCUGUCUGUAUGGUCUGUAGCUUGAGGUUGGAGCCGAUCCUCCAGCUUCUGUUUGCCAUCUUAAUCCCCUCCAGCCACCGGGAGCGCUGCGUAAAGCCGAGGUUGCAAAGUGCGUCACAGCGCUGAGCUGCGGAGACCACACGGAGCCUGCAGUCCAGCACCGACCGUCUCCCACCGUCUUCUGUUUGCGCAAGGAAAAAAAACAGCCCCCCGAGCUGCCUGUUUCCUCUCCAGCAUGGUGAAGAUCGCUUUUAACUCGGCUCUGGCGCAGAAGGCGCUGGGCAAAGAGGUGCCAGCUGCGGUGAAGGAUCCGGAGCUGGCCUCUGCUCCAGCGGGCACUGAGGGCUCCACAGGUCGCUGUCUGCUCACCCUGCUGGGCAUCGCCUUCAUCCUCAGCGGGCUCAUCGUGGGGGGAGCUUGUCUCUAUCGAUACUUCACCCCAAAGAGGCUGUAUCACGGCGCGAUGCAGUUCAGCGACAUGUCGUCCGGAGGAGAGAGCCAGCCGUACUACCUGCCCCGGGUGGAGGAGGAGGUGGAGAUCUCCGACAGCAUGGCCGUCAUCAGCGUCCCGCCUCCCCGCUUCCGACCCGGAGACCCCGCUUACAUCCUCCACGACUUCAACAGGAAGCUGACGGCGUAUCUGGACCUGACUCUGAGGACCUGCUUCGUGAUUCCUCUGAACACCUCGGUGGUGCUUCCCCCUCAGGACCUCAUCGACCUCUUCUCACAGCUGAUGUCGGACUCCUAUCGCAGCUAUUUGGUGCACGAGGACCUGGUGGUGACGGAGCGCAUUGAUGAUAUCAAACCUCUGGGCUUCUACAUCCGCCGGCUGUGUGAUGGGAAGGAAACGUACAGAAUGCAGCGUCGCUCCACCCUGCCAGGUGGAGGCAUCCAGAAGCGCUCUGCAGAGGAAUGCUUCACCAUCCAUCACUUUGAGAACAAGUUUGUGACGGAGACCAAGAUCUGCAAGGCUUGAUGGGAAAGCAUAGGUCAGAGAGAGAGAGAGAGAGAGAGAGCGAGUGACAGAGUCGGUGGUGGUGGUGGUGGGUGACGGAGGGAACAACUUUCAGCAGAAAGUUACUUUUGUAUAAAACUGCAGUUUUUGCCUCCCUGCUUUAGUGUUAAGUGAAUUUAAGUUACAGUGUUAAAGCCUAGCCCCCCCCUACCCCCCUCCCAGCCCCUUUCCUCUGCUGUACAUCCCUGAACCUGUAUAGGCCAUAGCUCUCUUGCUCAAGUAUUCACUAGCUAGUCUUGUACUGAUGAGUCAGCCUGCUAACUUCACAUAUACUAAGUUUCAUUUAUGUUGGUUAUUGUUUCGUUGCCGUAGCUUCCUGCAGACUGAUCUUAUUGAUGUUUACUGUACUACAACAUCCAGCCACCUCCAGACGAGAAUUGUUAGUCAUUCUACUGAAUAUUCUAGUGAACCCGAGAAGUCCUUCAUAUCAGACUCGUCUUGUGUCGGCCUCCCGUCACCGCUCUUUGCAGGGUUUAUAGAGCAGCUUCGACAAGAUACGUUCUUGCGUGAUCAUAGCACAAGUCAGCAUGGAACCGCCUGGUACUGUACACAUGCUUGCCAUUGACUUUUACGGCUGAUAACGGAGAUGCACAAACCCCAGAGCUCCCAGUCACCACUUUUUGUAGAUACUUCCCAGCGUGCCCUGCUGCUCCCAGAGGCCUCCGCUGUCCCGAUGUGUGAUGAUUUCGUGUAACCGACGGUCUCGUACCUGAUGGUAAACAUUCCAGCAUAUGAGCAAUUUUUGUCUUUUGUGUCUAAACCUCAUUUGUGACUUGCAGAAUGAGCCACAGGAGUGAAUAAGCUAAAGGGAAAUUUCACCGAAUUUGACUUGAAAACACUUGAUUGUCUAGUUUGAGUUUGUGUUCUCAUGACAUGAGUUCACUUUUACUGAGACAGCCGUGAUCAAUAUUCUAAAUGUUACUCUAGGUGUCUGAAGAACACUGUGUUCAAAAUUGUCACAUGAACACCACGCGAGCCGUUGUUGAUUUGCUUCAAAGUUGUCCUUGAUUUUUGAAAUCCCGUAAGAAAAUAUGAAGAAAAAAAAAAACGAUAUCGUUUUUUUUUGCCAAAUAACUUCUAAGUCAUUUUCAGUGGUUUCCUACAUGAUGCCUGCACAGAAAGACAAUCAACAGGAAGUCUGCUUGUGAAGAUGGGUUUCUGUCUUAGCUUUUUAACCGAAUACUAGAAGAUUAGGAAAAAAAAAACAAACCUGUUGUGUGCAACUACUGAACUGAACUUCACUUUGUUGUUGAAUAAAGUUGCAUUUCUUUACCUACUGAA